UCCAUUAAACGUGUGUGUUGCAUUUGUUUCAUAAGGAAUUUAGGUAAUAGUAAUUAUAGUUUAAACAUAAUGGCUGCAAUCGUCAGAAAGAUAAUCAACACGUCAAAAGCACCUGCAGCUAUCGGUCCAUACAGCCAAGCGGUGUUGGUAGAUCGUACCAUGUACAUCUCAGGACAGCUGGGGAUGGACCCUAUCAGUGGACAGCUGGUGGAAGGAGGUGUUCAGGCGCAGACCAGACAGGCUCUUGUGAAUAUGGGUGAAAUUCUCAAAGCGGCGGGGUGCACUUAUGAGACUGUUGUCAAGACCACAGUGCUCUUGGCUGACAUGAAUGACUUCACCGCUGUCAAUGAUGUUUACAAGCAGUUCUUCGGCACCAACUUUCCAGCCAGAGCGGCUUACCAGGUUGCUGCUUUACCCAGAGGUGGACUUGUAGAGAUUGAAGCUGUCGCUGUGCUGAGCGCUUUGAAUGACAGCUCUUGAUGCUGUGCAACAAAGGCUCGAAGACAGCACAUGACCGUUGAAAAAAUAUCUGCCCAUACGUCAUCAAAUAAUUUGCUAAAUUGUUUCAUCUUGUUAAUCAGUGGAAAUUUAAUAAACAAAUUUCCUGCUUUAGAAUA